AUUACCCUAUUAUAAUAAAUUUGCCUUUUAAAAAUAUUAAUACGAAUACUCAAAAACCUCGAAUGAAAUAUAGUAUCAGAAACAACGACUGGGAUGUAUUUAAACAAAAUGUAGAUAUGAAAAUUAAUCAGGUGCAGUCUGAUUACUGUUCUGCUGACAGCUUCACUAAAAUAUUGAUUGAAGCAGCGGAUGAAUCAUUUCCAGUUAAGAGGGUCUCUAAGGGUAAAAUUCCCUCCCCACCUUGGUGGGACAAUGAAUGUUCUGAGGCCAUUAAAAGUAGAAAGGAAGCUGAAAUGAAUUAUUUAGCAUAUACUAGUUCUGAAAAUUUCGAUUUACUCUCAAAAUCUAUCACUGGGACCCGUAAACUUUUUAAGAAAAAAAAGUUUGACAGCUGGAGAAAGUUUUGUUCUGAAAUUUCGCCUGAUAUCCAGCCUAGUGCUGUUUGGCAGAAAAUCCAUAGGUUUAGAUCGCUUUACAAAGAAUCUAAAUCUACUGUACUUCCUUACACUAUAGCAAAUGAGUUUUUAAGUAAGUUAUCUCCUCCUUCAGUACAAUUUCACAACAUUCCUCUUCCAAUAUCAGAUUACUCAGAAUUGAAUUCUCUUUUCUCCUUUAACGAGCUGCAGGGUGUUCUCUCGGUUGUUCGGGACUCAGCUCCGGGGCCGGACGGUAUUCCUUAUUCUUUUCUCUCAAAUUUGACUGAUAAUGCGAAAACUUAUUUUUUAGACAUUAUUAAUCAUAUUAUGGUUUCUGGUUCUGUUCCAAUGUUUUGGAAAGAACAAAUAAUUAUUCCAAUUUUAAAAUCGAAUAAACCGUCUGAUAACGCACUAUCCUAUCGCCCAAUUGCUCUUUCAUCAGUUUUAUUGAAAAUAAUUGAACAUUUAGUAAAAAAUCGACUUGAAUUUUUUGUCGAAAGUAAUUGCUUAUUGGCUGAAAGUCAAUAUGGCUUUAGGCGAGGGAAGAGUGCGCUUGAUGGUAUCAGUAUAUUUACUACGGAUAUUAGACUUGCUUUUAGCGAAAAUAAAUCAAUACUAUCUGCUUUUUUAGAUAUACAGUCAGCAUAUGACAAUGUUGUAAUUUCUGUACUUAAACAUAAGUUGCUUACCAUUAAAACACCUCCGUUACUUAUUAAUAUUAUCAUUAAUUUACUCCUUGAUAGAUCUUUAUCUUUAACGGUCGAUGAUAACUCUGUAGUUUCUAGGGUCUUGACUAAGGGCCUUCCUCAAGGCUCAGUAUUGAGUCCUAUUCUCUACAAUAUUUAUACCCAUGACUUGGAAUCUUCUUUUAAUGGUAGUAUAAGUGUUUUGCAAUAUGCUGAUGAUUUACUUUUAUAUAACGCCAGUCAGUCAGUACAAGAAGCUAGUGUAGCUAUAACAUCUAAUUUGUGCCUUUUAAAAAAAUGGCUGGAUAGUAAUGGUUUGGAUUUGUCUGCGUCCAAAAGUAGUGUUGUUCUUUUUAGUCGAAUGCGACGUCCAGCAGAACCUAAUGUUUUUUAUGAGAACCUUAAAAUCCCUGUAAAAAAAGAAGUAAAAUUUCUUGGUGUUGUUUUGGACUCAAAACUCACAGGCAUUCCUCAUUGUAAUUACGUAGUUUCGAAAUGUGAACGCAGCUUGAACAUUUUGCGUUGUCUUUCGGGCGUUUGGUGGGGUGCUCACCCAUUUUGUCUAAAGCUACUUUACAAUGCAUUGAUUAGGAGUGUUCUUGAUUACGGUACUUUUAUUUUAGAGCCUGGCAAUAUUUCUGCCUUUAAAAAACUUGAUUUAAUGCAGUCAAAAUCUUUAAGAAUUGUAUGCGGUGCUAUGAAGUCAAGCCCCAUAAAUGCUUUACAAGUAGAAUGUAAUGACCCUCCUCUGUAUUUACGCAGACAAUAUUUAUCGGAUAGAUAUCUAUUCCGUUCGUUUCAAUUUUCUAAUCACCCAUUGAGAUCAAAGUUGAAUUAUCUUUGUGAACAUAUAAACACAUCUCCAUAUUGGAAACAUAAGCAGCCUCCCCGUCUUGUAGUAAGCUAUAGAAAAUUCUUAUCAUUAGAGUCUCCUACCCACUGUUCUAAUUAUCUUCCUCUAUUUUGUUUUAGUUAUGACUCUUUAAUUUUGAAUCCGAAUGUUAAUUUAAAUUUUCUUAGUUCAAAUCGUCAUCAAUCUAAUUCUGAAUUCAAAUCCCUUGUGAACGAAAACUGGCAAGGAUAUCAUUCUAUUUUCACCGAUGCAUCUAAAAUAAAAAACAGUUGUGUUGGUAUCGGUGUAUAUCAUCCCCAAUACAAGAUUGUUCAAAAAGUGAAGUUCCCUAAAGAAACAUCUGUAUUUACGGGUGAAUGUGUGGGUUUAUUGAAAGCUGUAGAAUACAUUUUACUAGCUAAAUUGAACCAAACAAUAGUUUUUUCUGAUUCUAAGAGCGCUCUGCAGGCUUUAAUGAGAUUCCCAUUUAAAUCUCGUAAUUCGAAUCCCGUAAUUCUAGAAAUAAGAAAUAUAAUUUUUCAGUGCAUGAAUCUCAAUUUAAAGAUCAGCUUUGCUUGGAUUCCAAGUCAUUGUGGAAUUAAAGGUAAUGAAAUAGCUGAUACCUUGGCCAAGGAAGCUAUAACUUGUGGGGAUGUUUUCCCUUUUAAAAAUUAUACAUGUGAUUUGGUGAACUUGUCUCAAGAUUUCCUUCAUUCUAGUUGGCAGAGUAGCUGGACUGAAUCAAGCCAGUCAAAAGGGAAAUCUUAUAGUACUAUUCAACCCACAAUACCUUCAAAGCCGUGGUUCUUCAAAAUUCAUUUCGCUAAACGUGUAACAACAUGUCUCAUUCGCAUGCGAUUGGGACAUGUUUCCACUCCAGCCCAUCUUUUUAAAUUCAAAAUUGUUGAUAAUCCAGCCUGUGAUUGCGGUGCUGAAUUCCCAAGCUUUUAUUUUGCUUUGUGGCAAAUGCGCAAGCCGCGCGAGCCAAAAUCAAACAGAAGAAGAAGAAGAGUACAUUUCACUCUAUAUAUAUAGUGAAACUAAAAAAACCAUCGUGUAUUUCUAAACUAUUGUAAAGUGAGGCAAACUAAUAUCAUGCAAAACAUAAUGUCUCUUGUAAAUUAACAGGUCGAGUGUAAACAGAAAUUGUGACAAUGUUGGGACAUAAAAUUAAUUCAAACAAAAUAAAAAACGUGUGUACAGUAUUUCGAAGUACAAACAUUUUAAAACACUUGUGUAACAACAAUAGAACAAUUAGCUCAUUUAUUAAACGAAAUGCAAAUGUAACCUCUAAUAUAACGUUUUGCCGACACGCACAUAAUAUUAAAAGCAAAGAUACAAUUGACGAUGGACAAUUAAAAAUUAAUUGAUUCACGUUUAGGACUCACACAUGCGGCGAACUGAGACCUAAGAAUGUCGGUGAAAGAGUCGUCAUAUGCGGCUGGGUGCAGUAUUCACGUCUGUCCAAAUUUUUACUGCUUCGAGACGCCUACGGACUCGCACAAUGUAUUGUUGGUUGUGACAAUAUUGAUUUAUCCAGCUUACAACUAGAAUCUGUAGUACAAAUUGAAGGCAUGGUUUCCAUAAGGCCCGGAGACACAGUGAACCCUGAAAUGGCUACCGGUGAAAUUGAGGUCACCAUAAUAAGCUUAAAAGUUUUAAAUCCGCAGAAAAAGUAGCAUUCAACUUAAAAAACUAUCAGAAACCAAAAGAACAAUUGAGAAUGCAACACAGAUACAUUGAUUUAAGAUUUCCCGUGAUGCAAAAUAAUUUAAGAACUAGAUCACAGAUGCUGCAUAAGAUGCGGAGAUUUCUAGUGGAAAAUUAUGGGUUUAUCGAAGUUGAGACUCCAACACUUUUCUGCAGGACACCAGGUGGUGCUAGAGAAUUUGUUGUCCCCACUCGUCAUGAAGGAUUGUUCUAUUCUUUAGUCCAAAGUCCUCAACAAUUCAAACAAAUGCUUAUGUCUGGUGGAAUAGACCGGUAUUUCCAAGUAGCCAGGUGCUACAGAGCUACCACUCGUCCAGACCGUCAACCAGAAUUUACUCAGUUGGAUAUUGAACUAUCUUUUACCACUUUAGAAGGAGUUCUAACAUUGAUUGAAGAGAUGCUAUAUGAUACUUUUACGAAACCAUUACCAAGACCUCCAUUUAAUAGAAUUACAUAUAAAGAAGCACUGGAAAAUUAUGGAAGUGAUAAACCAAAUUUACUGUAUGAUUUGAAAUUUAUAAACAUCAAACAUUUAUUUGACAAAAAAGAAGAUGACAACUUUGGUGCUCUCCUGCUACCUUACCCCAGUGAGAUGGGGAAGCUUACCACCAAAUACAAAGAGAAAGUAAAGUAUAUAGCAAAAAAAUAAAAUGCAAAGGUUGUGUUGAAUGAAAAUAUAUCAAAGGAAUAUUCAAGUGAAAUACAAGAGAGAAUACAAGAUGCCAUUGGUCAGAAUCGUGCUGCAAUUAUAUCUAUAAGCGAAGACACUGAAAAUGCCUGCCUAUGUUCAGGAGAAAUUAAAGAAAUAAUAAUAUCAGUAUUGAAAUCUAAAGAGCUGCUAAAAGUUAAUGACAAUGUUGCGCCUCUGUGGCUGAUCGACUUCCCGUUAUUUGUGAAAGGAGAUGAUGGACUUCAACCAUGCCAUCAUCCCUUUACAGCACCUCAUCCGGAUGACCUACAUUUAUUAGAAACUGAUCCAUUGAAAGUUCGGUCAUUAGCAUAUGAUUUAGUGAUGAAUGGUAAUGAAAUAGGAGGUGGUUCAGUCCGAAUACACAGUCCGCAUUUACAAGUUAAAAUUAUGAACAUGUUGAACAUAGAUCCAGAGAAAUUGAGGCAUUUUGUGAAUGCAUUAAGUAGUGGCUGUCCUCCUCAUGCCGGCAUUGCUCUUGGUAUUGACAGGUUAAUAGCAAUUGCCUGUGAUGCAGAGUCAAUAAGAGACGUGAUUGCAUUCCCCAAGUCUCAUGAUGGCCGUGAUCCUCUGUCAGGUGCACCUAAUGUUUUAUCACAUAGUGAUAGAAAUUAUUAUCAUUUAUAUCAUAUUAAAUGAAAAAUGAAUAUUAUUAAUGUUUUUAAAUAAUGUAUACAUGUGUAGAUAUUAAAUACCCACACAAAGACCAAACAAACCUGUUUGUCACCUGAAGAUUUACCAGAUGUGGGAAUUGAACCCAGUCAGCAACUAGAUCUGGUAGUCAACAGUGCUACCACUAUGCCAACACGAGUCUGGUAAAUGAGAAAAUGUGAAAGUGAAAAAUGUAAAUUAGAUGAAGUAGAUGUAAUAUGAAUUAAAUGAAUCAAACACAAUUGAAUACAAUAUACAAAAGUAUUUUUAAAUUGAUUGAAAUAAGUUUUUUAUUAUUUUUGUUAUUGCUUAGGUCAGCAGUCGGGGAACCGGGGUAAAUUACCCCAAAUGGGGUAAAAUGAAAUUUUGGGGGGUAAAAAUGAAACUUUUGUGAGUAAAAAGUAUAUAUUGAAGUGAAACUUCUUUAAAAUCGUUGUGAUUUCAAACUCGAUGAAACGAAAUGAAACGAAACGAAAAAAUAAGUCCAUAGCGACACAAACAUAAAUGUAUAGGAUACAGCCGGCGAGAUAAUGAGAAAGAACACAUUAUUUGGAAACACAAAGUUCAUGUGAUUGACUGAUUUUUUAAAAAUCUGAUAGCUAUAAAAUGAAUAAAAUAUACAUUAUAUAAUUUUAAAGCUUUAUUCUUAAAAAAAUCAUUUCUGUUUGAUAUAUAGUCUUUUAUUUUAUUAAAUAAAUUAAAUAUUCUUUUAUUUGCCUGAAAAAAAUCAUUUAAAUUAAAAAAUAUUUUUAUGGGGGCUAUAUAUAAAAUUUAAACUACUUUUUUCCGUCUAAUAAUACUUGUAAUCAAUAAAUAAAAAUAAAAAAUUAUAAUAAAACUUAAAAAUAUCAUACGAAUUAUAAAAUAACAAGAAAUUAUCAUUUACUUAUAUUUUCUGUAGGGGCGAUUUUUUUUCCUUAACUGUAUAUUACAUAUAUUACUAUUAUUAGGUACUGUUAUGUAUUACUAGGUAUUACAUUGAUAAAUUGAAUAAAUGAUGUUUAAAUUAAA